CCCCCAACGUUAAAGAGGAACAGGAGGACCCAGAGCCCCCCAACGUUAAAGAGGAACAGGAGGACCCAGAGCCCCGCCCCACUAAAGACGAGCAGCUUCAAGGGCUGGAGAAGGCUCACAUGAAGGUCUUAUACACUCCUGUGAAAAGUGAAAAUGAUGUAGAGGAAGCUCUGUCCUCUCACCUUUAUCAGAGACAUACUAAACAGAUGGAGACAGAAGGUGAUGGAGAGGACAGUAGAGUACCAGAACCAGACAGGAACUCUUGUCUAGAUUGUCCCACAGAACCAGAUAGCAAUGAAAAUGCUGAAGACUCUUCUGAGCCUAAGGACAGUGGUGAUCGUAAGGAAACAUUUGGUUGCCUUAAAAAAAUGAAGGGACACAUGAUGACCCACACAUCAGGGAAACCUUUCAGCUGCUCAGAGUGUGGUAAAUGUUUCGCUUUAAGUGGAAGUCUUAAGAUACACAUGAGAUGUCACACAGGGGAAAAGCCUUUCAGUUGCUCAGAGUGUGGUAAAUGUUUCACUACAAGCGGACAACUGAAGAUACACAUGAUAUUUCACACAGGGGCGAAACCUUUCAGCUGCUCAGAGUGUGGUAAAUGUUUCACUGUAAGUGGACGUCUUAAGACACACAUGCGAUGUCACACAGGGGAAAAGCCUUUUAGCUGCUCAGAGUGUGGUAAAUGUUUCACUACAAGCGGACAACUGAAGAUACACAUGAUAUUUCACACAGGGGCGAAACCUUUCAGCUGCUCACAGUGUGGUAAAUGUUUCGCUUUAAGUAAAAGUCUUAAGGCACACAUGAGAUGUCACACAGGGGAGAAACCUUUCAGCUGCUCACAGUGUGGUAAAUGUUUCGCUUUAAGUGGAAGUCUUAAGAUACACAUGAGAUGUCACACAGGGGAAAAGCCUUUCAGUUGCUCAGAGUGUGGUAAAUGUUUCACAACAAGCGGACAACUGAAGACACACAUGAUAUUUCACACAGGGGCGAAACCUUUCAGCUGCUCACAGUGUGGUAAAUGUUUCGCAACAAGCGGACAACUGAAGAUACACAUGAGAUGUCACACAGGGGAGAAACCUUUCAGCUGCUCAGAGUGUGGUAAAUGUUUCACUGUAAGUGGAAGUCUUAAGACACACAUGAGAUGUCACACAGGGGAGAAACCUUUCAGCUGCUCAGAGUGUGGUAAAUGUUUCACUGUAAGUGGACGUCUUAAGACACACAUGCGAUGUCACACAGGGGAAAAGCCUUUUAGCUGCUCACAGUGUGGUAAAUGUUUCACUACAAGCAGACAACUGAAGAUACACAUGAUAUUUCACACAGGGGCGAAACCUUUCAGCUGCUCACAGUGUGGUAAAUGUUUCGCUUUAAGUGAAAGUCUUAAGGCACACAUGAGAUGUCACACAGGGGAGAAACCUUUCAGCUGCUCAGAGUGUGGUAAAUGUUUCCCCGUAAGUGGACGUCUUAAGACACACAUGAAAAUUCACACAGGGGAGAAACCUUUCAGCUGCUCACAGUGUGGUAAAUGUUUCGCUUUAAGUGGAAGGCUUAAGACACACAUGAUAAUUCACACAGGGGAGAAACCUUUCAGUUGCUCAGAGUGUGGUAAAUGUUUUACUGUAAAAGGACAUCUGAAUAGACACAUGAGAUGUCACACAGGAGAAAAACCUGUGCUCACAUUACAUGUUAUUUAGCUGACGCUUUUAUCUAAAACGACUUACAUUGCAUUAUAACCCGUUACAUUUUUGCCUGGGGAGCAAGUAGGUGUUAGGUGUCUUGCUCAGGGGCACUUCGGCAUGGCACAUGGGGCAGCCGGGAUUUGAACCACCAACCUUGCGGCCCCCAGCGCACUGCACAGUGUAGUAAAUGUUUUACUGCAUUUGGAAGUCUGAAGAGACACAUGCUGUAUCACACAUGGGAGAGACCUUUCAGCUGCUCACAUUGUGGUAAAUGUCUUGCUGUAAGCAGAAGUCUGAAGACACACAUGAGAUUUUACGCAGUGAAAAAAACUAAUUUGCUCAAAAUGUGAUAACGGUUUCACUCAAGCAGCUCUCCAGUUUGGUUUCUGAAGUAGUAACAGCAUGAAGUUGGGCCCUACUGUAUCUAGCUAAUGCAGCUCAACCUCCUCCAUUACCUCUUGUUGCUUGUCUCUAAAGCCCCUUUGUCACGCAAAUGUCCCGGAAACCAGAACCAUCUUUCUUGAUUGCCUGUUCAGGCUUCAGUAAGGGGCCUCUGUUCGUUUUUUUCAGACCAGCUGCCACAACAUGAGUUUACAUCUUUGUCGUUCCCCCUGAGGUUUCUUUUUUUCCUCCUUUUUUGGAGGGGAAUCUUUUCAUCUGCAGAUGUGAGGGUUUUGGGACAGAGGAUGUUGCAUGAUUACAUACCGUGAAGCCCUCUGAGGCUAGUAUGUGAUUUUGGACUUAAUUAAUGAAUUAAAUUAAUUGAAUUGAAGUCUCUUCAGGCAGAUGUUUAGUAAAUUCAUAUUCUGAGAACACAACUCCAAAGAUAAUUCCAUCCUUCAAAUGAAUAACCUUAAGUUACGUUGCCUACUUUAAAAUUGUAAUGUUACCCGGCCUUUUAUUGACUUUUAACUUGGUUACCGUCUCAAUUCUGUUGUUUUGCAUGCUACUUUGUUUUCCCUUUUUUUUAGGAAAUAUGUUGUUGGGAUUUAGAUUAGAUGUUUUCCUGGUUAUUUUGAUACUCAUUGUCUGUUCAUCUUAAUUUUAAGCUGAGUACAUAUUUGAUUGUCAAAAUAAUGUAUCUGUGUAUUUAAAAACAAAAAUGAAAUCCUACUGUCAUUUCACAUUGCUGAGCGAGAAGAGGUGCUGAAAAUGAUAUGAAGGCAAUACAUUUUAAUUUUUUUGCAUAAGUGAAUAAAUGUGGAAAAAUCAA